AUGCGGCGAUUGAUUCAGCACAGUUGGAGCUUGGAGCUUAGCACAGAGUAUGCGAUAGUAAGCAAAGCAGCUGUAGCCACCACCACUGCAGCACCAGCACCAUCCCAACCCACUACUUUGCCCAAUGUGCGCAGCUUCAAGGCGCGCAUACAAACCACAACUCCAAGAGCUCCAGGCAGCAAGCGCAAGAGUCGCCCACUGGCCACUGAGGCACAGCAGGCGCAGCAGCAGCAGCUGGCGGCGCUGAGCUCCAAGUCUUAUAUAUCUGGACCCACUACACAGGCUUCCAAGCUGUCCAAGCGCGCUGGGUUGCCAGCUUCAAAGAAAUUCUUGAAGGAUGUGCGCAAUCGCAGCAGCAGCUUGGCCGUCGAACGCAAUGGACUGCAACAUAAUGUGCCCGAUCAUGUGCCCGACUCCUCGGGCUAUGUGCCGCAGCGUUUGGGACAUCCAGUGCAGUUGGACUACGGCUCUACAGGCGUGGACUCUAGCGGCGCGCCCACUGGCAGCGCUGGCUAUCAUGCUGCGCCUUAUGAUGGCAACAAGUGGCAUGAGGAGUACUGGGAGCAGGACUACAGUGGUCAGCAGUUUCUACACAACAGCACCAGAGUGCAGCAUAUUGAAGCUGAGUGCCAGGAUGAUUAUAUGAAAAUACGCAUAGGCUUUAAUGGUUCGUUCAGCGGUUUGCUUUACUCUGCUGGCUAUGCAUACGAUCCGGACUGCAUGUAUAUAAACGGCUCUGGUCGUGACUACUACGAGUUCUAUAUACAGCUAAAUCGCUGCGGCACUUUGGGCAAGAAUUCGCUGCAGGAGGAAAGUCGCAAGAAUCCAACAAACUUUAUGUGGAAUACAGUCACAGUGCAGUACAAUCCGCUUAUAGAGGAGGAAUACGAUGAGCAUUUUAAAGUAACCUGCGAGUAUGGCUAUGACUUUUGGAAAACUGUUACGUUUCCCUUUUUGGAUGUAGAAGUGGCUACAGGCAAUCCUGUUGUGUUUACGCUAAGUCCACCCGAGUGCUAUAUGGAAAUACAGAAUGGCUAUGGCAUAGGUGGGCCGCGUGUAACUGGCCCAGUGCGCGUGGGCGAUCCUUUAACUUUAAUCAUCUACAUGCGCAGCAAAUAUGAUGGCUUUGAUAUAGUCGUUAAUGAUUGCUUUGCGCACAAUGGCGCCAACAAGCGCAUACAGCUCAUAGAUCAGCAUGGCUGUCCCGUGGACGACAAGCUCAUCUCGCGCUUUAGAGGCUCCUGGACAGAUGCAGGCAUCUAUGAAACUCAAGUUUAUGCCUAUAUGAAGACGUUCAGAUUCACAGGCUCGCCUGCUUUAUAUAUUGAGUGUGAUGUGCGCAUGUGCCAUGGUCGCUGUCCCAGUCAGCCCUGUCACUGGCGCAACUUGAAGGCGAUAACCAAGCGCGACAUUUCCAAUCGAACAGCUACAAAUUUGUCGCUGCCACCGCUGAGUGAAGCGCCUGAGCACACUACAGAUAAUCCUGCGCAGCCUGCGCUUUCAGAGAAUGUGAAUCUGUUUCAGUCGCUGCGCGUGCUGCAGGAGGGCGAAACGGAUGGCGACGAUGUCUAUGCGCAUCGGCAGUCCAAGACGCAGCUAACGCAGCAAACUUGCCUUAAGACAACGACGUUCUCGGCGCUUACCGCCAGCUGCUCAGCGCUGCUGGGCGUGUUGACUAUAAGCCUGUUCAUAGCCUGCUCACGCCUGAAGCAACGCAAGCAGUCGACGCUUUAUGAUUCUUAUAUAGCGCACAAGGGACAAAUCGAUUGAUAUUAGUGUAUGUGGCUUUAUUGUAAAUAGUUUAAUAAUAUUUGUUUGUGCGUAGCUUAGUGUAAGUGAUA